AUGGAAGCAAUCGGCGCGGGUGCCAGCACGCUGGCCUUUGUCCUCUUAGCCCUCAAGUCAGCCAAGAUCAUCAAUGAGUCACUCUCGUCCAUCAAAGAUGCGCCAAGGAUAGUCUCCGAGUUGUUAAAAGACAUAGAAUACUUGCAGUCCGUUCUCGGGCGUAUAUCUGGUAGCUCGCUGCGACACGCGCCGACAAGCACAAUUGAGUCAUUAAAUGACAUUCUUCAGGCGUGCACAGCAGAGCUGUCAAGCAUAGAAUGCCGACUCGCCAAAUUCUCUACAAGCUCUGGCAGCAGACGUUCAAGUCGCAUGUACAAGGGCGUUCUCGCAUAUGUUAAAAAAGAGGACUUGGAGAAUGCGCGAGGGAGGAUCAGAGACAAGUCGACGCAAAUAAACCUUUACCUCAGCCUUCUUCAGGCGCAAUCGCUUUUGCAAGUAUCAUCAAGGAUAGAUACCCACGCAACAGCGACGGCCAAUAUUCUGGAACAGAUACUUGGAGAGGUGUCUAAACUUCAUACAAGACUUGAUCAGGAUGCUGCAGCCGGUGAGGCUGAGAAGCUUCCGGCAACCGCAGACGAUGGAGAUACUAUAGAUAUCGCAAUAGCUGGUCGUCUGGGUGCCAUGGCACUUUGUUCUGAGCUGGAAUCUAGCAUAUCUCGCCUUUCUACGCUCAUAGACCAUGACGGCCUGACUUUGGACGCCGACGAUGCUGAGCAGAUCAUUGACGACUUGCGGAAAUUUGUUGUUAUUGCCAAGGAGAGGUCGGUUGAAAAAUCUAAACUUAGUAGCAACUCCACUAGCUACAAUGCCGUCACAGAAGAUGAUUCGAUGGCGUUAGGUAGAGAUCUGAAGCUGAUAGAGGGACUGAUUCUUUCUGCCCCUAUCAUUGCAAUCAAUCAAUCUGUCUCUGGUUCCCGAAGGCUUCGUUCUCAGCUACCGCAUGGCACCAUCAUCAAGCAAAAGCGGAUAAGAGAGGAGAUCGAUGUUGACCAUGGCUAUCUCACGAUCUCAACUAACAAGAGGAGAAGGAUAUGUACUGGAGGUUCCGACUCAUCUGGAAGUGUCAACACCUUUCGAGAUGUCGUUGCUAACAUCGUGUUCCGCCCGUCGAAUUCUCCCUGGAUGUUUUCCGUCUCGCUUUCCCAAGGGCAACUUUUCGAUCGGAGCAUCCAAAGUAUCCCGCGAAUUUCUGUCUGUCGCAUAGUCCCGAACGACUCGCUUGUCUUUACUCUGGUGAAAGAGGGCUCCCUCAAGGAGUUCAUGACCAUGCUGCAGGAGGGUAAAGCAAGCCUACGCGAUCACGACGAGCAGGGUAUGCCGCUUCUGCAUUAUGCAGCUACGGCGAGUGUGGAGAUGUGUAAAUUCUUGAUCGAAUCUGGAGCAGAUGUGGAUGAGAUGGGCGAACAUACGGGAACCGCCCUCUCGCGUAUAGCAGGGCUGGACCGGCAUGAUACAACACUAGUACUACUCGAGAACAUGGCUGAUCCCACGUUGUCAUACCCGGGAUGGGAUAACCCAUUAUCCACGGCUUGUAAUCUGGAUCUUCCAUCUGCAGAGCUCUUCCUCAAACAUGGGGGGCACUUCACGAUGCAUGAUCUAGAAAGCUUCGACCUGAAUGGAAGGACGAGACUUCACCAAGUUUGUAUGGCAGAAAGCAGAGCAACGAGCAAGAAGAAAGCAGUUGCUAUGCUGGCAGCGGCUGGGGCCAACCUUGUCGCUCGUGUGGCAAAGUCAUGGUCUCCAGACGAUCACCAGACGUUAGGGUUCACGUGCCUGCACAGUCUUGUUUACAAAGCUCAUCGAAGCAGGGACCGAGACGAGCUGGAAGCCCUGGUCUUCUUGAUUCAAAAAGGAGCAGACAUCCUUGAGAUUGAUCACCAUCAGCACAGCGUUUCAAUGCGUGCAUAUCUACCUAAUGAUGGCGAUAAUCAGUAUUCGUCAAAAGGAUCUUACAGAGGUGAUCUUUGGGAUGCUGCUCUUACGAUAUGCGGCUAUGAUAUUAGCCCACAUCGAGAUGCAUAUCCUAGAGUGCCCAGGUAUAACAGGAGCUACAGAAGGAAAGACUUUGAGAGGUUAUGGGAGGGUCAUGAAGCUCUUUGUCCGUAUUGGAACGACGAGCGAUAUCCGGAAACAGGCGGUGCCGAUGACUACUGGAAACAACCUGUGAGACGCUGCGAGCAUAUCGCAUGUUUAGAUUGUGAAGAACUUCCGUCACAGACUGAUGAGCAUGAGGUGGAGCCGAAAAAAAGAGACGCCGAUGUCCCAGGCUACGCCCAAGCUAUAUAUCGUGAAUGGUUCUUAGCUCGCAGUCCGGAGUCUAACCCUACCCAUAUGCCUUAUAUAGAUCACAUUUCGGACCAUGAGGAAUUUGAUGACUAUGCAGAGGGGGAGAGUUCAUACCCUGAUAUUUUUGAGGAGGAAGAGAGGGAAUCGGAUGAGGAUAUUGACUCUGAUGGUGGUGUUCGGUUUUACGAUGAGAUGAACGCUCUUUCACCGCCCAGCAGUGAAGACGGGGAAGCAGCUUAUGAGAGACUAGUUGCUCCAUAUCAGCUUGAAGAGAGGGAGAUUGACGACUACCCUGAUUUUGUCGAUAGAUGGCUUGAGCACUAUAUCCGAGCGGCUGAAGAAGAAUAUGAAGAAGAGGAUGAGGAGAUGUUGAAUUGA